CCUGUCAGCCUGCGGGUACUGUCUGACGGCUGCUUCCGGUGGGAGCGCGGUGCAGGGCAAGCCGGUCUCAGCUCCUCGUCAUGUCCUACGGUCCCCUAGACCUGUACCGGAACCCGGGGCCCUCCGGGUCCCAGCUCCGGGACUUCAACAGCAUCAUCCAGACAUGCAGCGGCAACAUCCAGCGGAUCAGCCAAGCCACUGCUCAGAUAAAGAAUUUGAUGAGCCAACUAGGAACGAAGCAGGACUCAAGCAAGCUACAGGAAAAUCUGCAACAGUUACAACACUCCACAAAUCAGCUCGCCAAGGAAACAAAUGAACUGCUGAAGGAAUUAGGGUCCUUGCCUCUUCCCUUAUCUACUUCAGAACAGCGCCAGCAGAAACUUCAGAAGGAACGCCUCAUGAAUGACUUCUCUGCAGCCCUAAACAAUUUCCAGGCUGUGCAGAGAAGGGUAUCUGAAAAGGAAAAGGAGACUAUUGCCAGAGCAAGAGCUGGAUCUCGUCUUUCUGCAGAAGAGAGGCAAAGAGAAGAGCAGCUCGUCUCAUUUGACAGCCAUGAGGAGUGGAACCAGAUGCAGAGCCAGGAGGAUGAGGUGGCCAUCACUGAGCAGGAUCUCGAACUUAUUAAAGAGAGGGAAACAGCAAUUCAACAGCUGGAGGUGAGAGCAGGUCAUGUUUUUUGUUUGAUUCAGUGUGUCAGCAGGUAUCUGGUCUCUCUGGUCCACCUGAAUUUUCUGUCAGUGAUUAUGAAAAAGCACAAAAUGAGUCACUGUGUGAUUUGCAUAUUAUCUGUCUCAAUAUUUUUAGGAAGGUCUCCACAUAUUUUUGCAUGGAUAGUUAUUUUGAAUUACAAGGAGGCAGAUUUACAAAGCACUCUUGGAGUCUUAGAUAUAAAAAAUUUUACUUGUUUCAUGAGUGUCUUCUUUACAUAUUUCUUUUCUCAGAAAAAAUCUCGCAAGAAGAUGUGUAUCCUGGUGCUUGUCCUGUCAGUGAUUAUUGUAAUUUUGGGAAUUAUUCUCUGGCUAGUUAAUAAAUGAAAUGAUUGCCUCAGAGCCUUCUCCUGCUAAGCUGUUUUCAAGGGCAAGUUCUUGGAGUCUUGCCAGAACAAACUGAUCACAAGAAGAGAAUGUAACACCAGAACGUCCUGUAAUAAUUUAGUUAGAAACUAACUACUAACUAGUCCUUGGAAGUAGUGACCUAUGAAGACAGUAUUUAUCAAUUUAUGUAUACAUUUUUGAUUUCUCAAAUUAGGGAUUAUGUGGAUUUUGCUUUCUCUUGUGUUCUGAUUGCCGUUCAUCCCAAGUGUUUACUGAAAAUUCCAUUCUAAAUAUUCUUUUUGACAGAUUCCAAUUGUGUAAUAUUGUCUUUUUAUGUGUACACAAAAUUUACCUUUUUACUAGCAACUAAGAUAGAAUGACUUUCUGGCACCCAGCGUAUUGGAGUCUAUCAGAAACUAUAUAAUAGGCCAGCAAUUUUUAUUGUUUAACAUUUUGAUUUGAAUUUCUGAGAUGCCUAUUCUCUUAACUGUUUUGAAAGAUUUUGGCAUUAUAUUUAACUGGAAAGUAAAAAAUUUGCACAUGAGAUCCAUAUUAAAUGAGAAGUAUCUAUUUGAGCCGGCCAGUUGCUGGGGUACAUGUUACUAAUCUGCGUUUAAAGUUUACUUUAUUAUGCUAGUGUCAUCCACAGCAGUUCAUCCUCAUACACACUAAGCCGUCUUGUUCACUUUUGAAAUAGGUUAAUUUAAUUAACAUGACAAUACUCUAUGGGGUCUCUCUCCCACCUGUCUGUAUAGAAAGGGAGAAUAAGAACAGCAUGCUUUUGGAAAGCAAAUAGGAAUUGUUCGGAAUGAGUUAAUCUCUUUGUUGUUGUUCACUUGUGGUUCUACAUUCCUGGUGAAUGAUGAAUGUUGCUGUCAAAAGGCUGCCCCCUACCGUAUAAGGGUUGCUGGGCAUUUGAUGGCAAGAAAAAUUUAAAAGCUAGACUGAAGUUGGUUUAAAACUUAGUCCUGUGAACCUGGUGAUAAAGCAAAGAAAAAGUUCAUUUUUGUAAAUAAUACUUGUUUGGAAUAGUGAUGUUAGACUUACCCUAAUUUAUGAAUAAUAGGAUUAAUCUCUCCAUGCAUAGUUUUAGACAAAAAAAUGUUUAAUAAAAGAUUGCUGUCUUAUAAAUGUUGUCCACUUCUCUUUUUCACAGACCUAGAAUAGUUAAAGGAAAAAUAAUUUGUUUAGACUGUUACAUAAAUAUGAACCAGGCCAACAAUUUCAGUUCAUCCUUUAGUGAAUUAGAGGAUUUGGCUACCCUGGGUAUAUUUAUACUUCUUCUAUUCCCCUUAAUGUUACUUAAUCUUCUUUUAAUAAACUAAUGUGAACAGUAGGGAAACAAGGGCCGAAGUGCAUAACUUUCUUUGAACCCUUAUACCAUUCUACCUAUUUAAUACAAAUAAACAUUUAAAA